CGUUGUUUCGUUUUAAGAGAACAGCUGCCUUUUGAUCGCAAUCCCCUCCUCAAUCUCCCCUUCGGGAGCCACGGAUCUUUGGAAAUGAAUUGCGGUCUUUACGUACUACGCGGCUUGCUAAAAUUUUCCUUCUGCCCAAGCCUCUUUUUCCUUCGUCCGAUUAAACAUGCGGCUUGGCCUUCUAUAACUUUGACCCCUGCUUUGUAAAAAGCUUUCUUCUUCAAUCACUAUUUGCUGAGCUUAUUUUUUAUCACCGGACCAGCACCCUUGGCCUUCCCCAGAGAGCGUUGCAAAACUUCUUCUUCGAUUGUGUUAUUCUUCCAGGAAUUCCGAGGUCCGAGACUUCUGGGAAUGUGUCACCUCUGUUGUAAAGCGGGUUUAUCUGUGUGAAGCAAUAAACAGCAAUCGCUGUGAACUGCUUUCUUCACAGCAGAGAUAUGACUGGCGGCACAGUGAGUUGAUUUACUGUGUCCGAUGUUUGUAGCACUUCUCUUGCCGACGUUUGGGCCGAUAACGCAGCUCGCUUUCUUCUAUGGUUUAUUUUAAUAUUGAUCUUUAGCAAUGACAGAAGUUGAUAUACAUCUUCUUUUACCACUGUCGUAUUCUAUAGGUUAAAUUUAUGUAUAUAAAUUCUUAAGGUUUUGCCUGAAAUAACAUACGGAAGCCUAUAUAAACGUACAUAUAUAACCGGAAAGAAUAUAAAAGAUCAAAUGGAAAACUUGCUAAUAUACAAGCUUCAUUAAAGCAUUAAUAAUCGCGGAGACAAGGCUUCCGGCAAAGAAACACAGCUCAAAAAAAAUAUAAACACUUGCAAAAAUAUAUAUAUUUACAUACAUAAAAACAAUACCCUAAAAAAUCACAACUUAUAGUCCAAAAUAAGAUCGACCCAGCAGCACAACUAUCUAUGGAUAUACUGCAGACACUUUGCUUAUCCGAAGGGCUAACAAACAACGGUGGCAACGAUAGUGAUUUAGAUUGUAACUUGGAAAGUUUAGGUAUUAUUGGCACGACCGCGAGUUUGAUUGCAAUGUCUGAUGCCGGUGCCGAUGCGAAUUUCACACUUCCGCCAGACAAUCUGUUGGAUUUCGAAUUUGACCCACUCGAGCGUGUGGUAUCCGCCAUUGUGCCAGCGUUUUUCGGCGUCAUCGGUGUUGCAGGCCUACUCGGCAAUGUAUUGGUCAUAUUCGUUGUUGUUGCUAAUCAACAAAUGCGCUCCACUACCAACCUGCUCAUCAUCAAUCUCGCCGUCUCCGAUAUUCUGUUUGUCGUCUUUUGUGUCCCCUUCACCGCUGCGGAUUAUGUGCUGCCCACCUGGCCAUUUGGAAAUCUAUGGUGUAAGUUCGUGCAGUAUAUGAUUGUGGUCACCUGUCAUUGCAGCGUCUACACGCUGGUCUUGAUGUCAUUCGAUCGCUUUUUGGCUGUCGUUCACCCGGUGACGAGUAUGUCAUUGCGCACCGAACGCAAUGCAAUGCUCGCCAUCUUCUGUGCUUGGAUACUCAUCCUCUCCUCAGCCAUACCAGUGGCUUUGGCACAUUCAGUCCGUCUUUACUAUUUCAAAGGACGUAGUUACACAGCUUGUGUUUUCUCCACCGAGGAGGAGGGUUGGAGUCUAAUCGGAUUCCAGAUAUCUUUCUUCAUGUCUUCAUACGUGGCGCCCUUGACAUUGAUAUCCUUCCUAUAUAUGGGUAUGCUGGCCAGGCUUUGGAGAGCCGCGCCGGGUUGUAAACCAUCCGAAGAGUCCAGGAAAGGUAAACGACGUGUAACGCGCAUGGUUGUUGUUGUGGUCUUGGCAUUCGCUAUAUGUUGGUUGCCAAUACAUCUCAUACUCGUCAUGAAAGCUUUGACUUGGUAUCCCGGCACACAUGCUUCAGUCAUUGUGCAAAUUAUCUCACAUGUCUUGGCAUACACGAACUCCUGCAUCAACCCGAUUUUGUAUGCCUUCCUCUCCGACAAUUUCCGGAAGGCCUUUAGGAAGUUCUCUGGAUUCCAGGUCGUCGGCUGUGGCAAUCAACCGCUCUUCCCUAUGUCACAUCAAGCCACAAAAACAACACGCACCACCGGCAAUGUCACAUCAAAUGCGGAGAUGCUGUAA